AUGGACUCGGUGGAGCAAGAUAUGCGCAAGGCGCUGGAUUGGAUGCAGCGCGACGUGGAGCGGCAGGCUCGAGAGAACCGUGCGGUUCGAGAGACCCUUGCCCGAACAAUCCUUGAUGUUACAGACGUCAUCGCCGACUUUGUGUCUCCUGACUCGGCGAGUUUGCUGCUGCGCACAGCUGCAGCUGCAACUGGGACGUCGCCAGAAGAGGAGGAUAACAACAACGCGGCCACGCCCCAACUGAUACCGGACAAGGUGGACGAAUUGCUAGUCCAGUGGGAAGACGCGUUGGUUUCUUGGCGGGAACAGAGUCUCGUCGCGAAGCAAGAUCUUAUGGAGGCGUUCACCACUUUUGAGGAGGAAUGCAUGGCCCGAAUGCAAGCUGACGAGGUCGCGCACAGGUUGGAGCGAGAGCAACUGGCACACGACUCCAAUGCACAGCAGAUGAUCUACGAAGACUGCAUGAGCAGCUUCUCGCUGAAGCUCGAAAGGACUCAGCGCGAUGUUUAUUCGCUUCGAAUGCAAGUGUCGGAGCUUUCAGCUCUGUUAGCUGCAGCAGAUGUUCAAACGCAGUCCUGCGACGCAGCCACAGACACGGAAGAAAUCCAAGUCCAAGAUGAAAAGCUGCAGCAGCAAGUCUUGGAUCUGUCCGCACGUGUGAAGUCGACCGAGCUGUACGCCUUGCAAUGCGAAGCUUUGUUGAGGGAGCAAACCCAACGUGCAGAUGAAGCGGAGAGCCGAUUGGAUAUGCUGCUCGAAGAGAACCAAGCACAGGAAAUGCAGGCAAGUCCCGCCCCCACAAGUGCGGUGCCCAACGAUGCAUUGCAGUCCUAUCAACAAAAGCUGGAAUUACUCGAAGGCCGCAUGCAGGACGUUCUGCAACAAGUGGCGUGCGAUCACGAGCAGUUCGAGUACGAGCAAGCCAAAUGGGCGCUCGAGAAGCGGCAUCACCGCGAGAAGUACGACGAAGUGCUGGACGCCAGCGUCAAAGUGCUCAAGGUGCUGAUCAUCCGCGAAAAGCUCAUGAAGAAGCAAGAGCGAGCACAGAAGCGGCAGAGCGAAGAGUCUCAAGAAAAACAGCUCGAGCUCGCGUGUCACGCUGCGUCGUUGCAGGGCAUGGCUAACGAGCUGAUGCAGCUGAGCGCGAUGGUGCUGCUGGUCUUGCAGCAGCUCGCGGUGCUGAAAGCGAAUGCAAGUCAGCUCCAAGACAGAGCCCCUAGCUGGACGUUGCCAGCCAAACCUGUGCAGAUGAAGUCGAUGAUCAAGCGCUUGAAGAAGAUUGAAGCUGCGCUCGGUCGGCGCGAUUGGGCGGCUGCAACGCCUUCGACCGUGAAAGUCUGUCCGUACCCAGCUUAA